GCCAAGAGGCAGCCGUUGUUUAUCACGACCUCGCCUCAGUGAGGCCUGAGAUUCUUUCAAACAGGAGCUUUGCUUCCCAUGACGCAGAGCGAAGUGUCAACUGGGAUAUUUCUGGUAAACUGAAAGCAAGAAAAGCAGGGUGCACACUUCAUGAGGCACCAGCCCCUGAGGGACUGCAGGAGGGUUUGGGUGCCAUCCCCAGUGACAGAUGGAUGGACCUUCCAUCUGAGAAAGGAGAAGACACGCUGGCAGAUCAACCUCAAACCCAAGAUUGCUUGUGAAGCAAUCGUAAAGGGGAAAACACACACACACUCAAGCUCGAGAGGCAAGAAGAUCAAAAAGCCAAGAAGUGUGCGAAUUGUUGCAGACUCCCUGCUUCAGCAGCUACGCACCCAAACCAGAAGCAAAAUGUCCCUGAAGUUGCCGAGAAACUGGGAUUUCAACCUGAGAGGGGAGGCUGGGAAAAUAGCUCGGUCAAGGAGCGUGAUGACCGGGGAGCAGAUGGCGGCCUUUCACCCGGCAUCCACCCCCAACCCGCUGGAAAGACCCAUCAAGAUGGGCUGGCUGAAGAAGCAGAGGUCCAUUGUGAAAAACUGGCAGCAGAGGUACUUCGUGCUGAGGGCGCAGCAGCUCUAUUACUACAAGGACGAGGAGGACGUGAAGCCACAGGGUUGCAUGUAUCUACCAGGAAGUACAAUUAAGGAGAUCGCCACAAACCCAGACGAAGCGGGGAAGUUUGUCUUUGAAGUCAUUCCAGCCUCAUGUGACCAGAGUCGCACGGGACAGGACUCCUAUGUCCUCAUGGCCAGCUCCCAGGCGGAAAUGGAGGAGUGGGUUAAAUUCCUUAGGAGAGUCGCUGGCACGCCCUGUGGAGCGGUGUUCGGCCAGCGCUUGGAUGAGACCGUGGCCUAUGAGCAGAAAUUUGGCCCCCACCUGGUGCCCAUCCUAGUGGAGAAGUGUGCCGAGUUCAUCCUGGAGCAUGGCCUGAACGAAGAGGGCAUCUUCCGACUGCCUGGGCAGGACAACCUGGUGAAGCAGCUGAGAGAUGCUUUUGACGCAGGGGAGAGGCCCUCCUUUGACAGAGAUACAGAUGUGCACACGGUAGCUUCCCUGCUGAAGCUCUACCUACGAGACCUCCCAGAGCCAGUGGUUCCCUGGAGCCAGUAUGAGGGGUUCCUGCUCUGUGGGCAGCUCACGAAUGCAGAUGAGGCAAAGGCUCAGCAGGAGUUGAUGAAGCAGCUCUCCAUCCUUCCUCGAGACAACUAUAGCCUCCUGAGCUACAUCUGCAGGUUCCUCCACGAGAUCCAACUGAACUGUGCAGUUAACAAGAUGAGCGUGGACAAUCUGGCUACUGUGAUUGGUGUGAAUCUCAUCAGGUCGAAGGUCGAAGACCCUGCUGUGAUCAUGAGAGGGACUCCUCAGAUCCAAAGAGUGAUGACCAUGAUGAUCAGGGACCAUGAAGUCCUCUUUCCCAAGUCCAAGGAUGCACCUUUGUCACCCCCUGCCCCAAAAAAUGAUCCCAAGAAGCCUCCAGUGGCGCGAAGCUCUGUGGGCUGGGAUGCCACGGAGGACCCUCCAAUUUCUAGGACAGACAGUGUCAGUAACACGGGCAGCGACUCAGACGCAACCAGCCCCACCGGACAACAGCCAAGUGAUGGGUGCCUAGAAGACAAAGCGACCAGGGAGAAGCCCGGAGACUGGAAGCUGCAAUCACGAAAAAGGACUCAGACGCUCCCUAACCGGAAAUGCUUCUUGACGUCAGCUUUGCAAGGGGCCAACAGCUGCAAAGCAGAGAUCUUUCAAAAUGAGUUCUGGUCAUCUUCGGAGGGGAAGGCAGGGGAAGGGCACAGGAGAACCAUGUCUCAAGGUGUGUCGCAGCCUUUUGACUCCCAGCGGACUUCCACCUAUGAUAAUGUCCCCACGCAGCCGGGGUCCCCUGGGAAUGAAGCUGGUACAGUAUCAUCCCAGGCCUGUGACUCCAAGAGAGAUGCUCUUGCCAGCCCAAACGUUGAAUCCGGGCCCGGGAAAAGGAACUCUGGAGAAGAGGAGCUUGAAUCUUUGCAGAGAAUGGUCCAGAAGCUGCGAAAGGAAAUAGAAACACAGAAGCAAAUGUAUGAGGAACAGAUUGAAAACCUUGAGAAGGAAAAUUAUGACGUAUGGGCUAAGGUGGUAAGGCUCAGUGAAGAACUGGAGAAGGAGAAGAAGAAGUCUUCAGCCUUGGAAAUCAGCCUUCGCAACGUGGAGCGCUCCUGGGAGGACGUGGAGAAGAGGAACAAGGCCCUGGAAGAGGAUGUCAAGGAAUUUGUCAAAUCGAUGAAGGAACCCAAGACCGAUGCUUGAGGGUCCCAGGAGCACCACAGAGACAGCCUGCAGAGACCCAGCACUGCUCCCCUUCCCGCUGACGGCUGGUGACUGGGAAGCAACAUUACUCCCUAAGACGGAGACAACAUUUAGUGGGGAAACAUCACAUUUCCCAGUAAAUAAAUCAGUGGAGUUUG